GUGGCAGCUGUCGGCGCGGACCAAUCGGCGGCGCCCGCAUCAGCCCCCCUCGGGUGGCGUAGCCGGAAGGGGCGGAGCCGAGGCGGCGAAGGCCGAGGCGGCAGCGGUUGCCGCGGCUCUGGAGGCCGCAGUCCGGUCCCGGCUUCUGCCCGCGCCGUACCAUGGUGACGCUCGCAGAGCUGAUGGUGCUCUUGGCCGCGCUCCUGGCCACGGCCUCGGGCUACUUCGUGAGCAUCGACGCGCACGCCGACGAGUGUUUCUUCGAGCGGGUCACCUCGGGCACUAAGAUGGGCCUCAUCUUCGAGGUGGCGGAGGGCGGCUUCUUGGACAUCGACGUGGAGAUUACAGGACCAGAUAAUAAAGGAAUUUACAAAGGAGACCGAGAGUCCAGCGGGAAGUACACCUUUGCUGCUCACAUGGACGGGACAUACAAGUUUUGUUUUAGUAAUAGGAUGUCCACCAUGACUCCAAAGAUAGUGAUGUUCACCAUUGACAUUGGGGAGGCUCCAAAAGGACAAGACAUGGAAACAGAAGCUCAUCAGAACAAGCUAGAAGAAAUGAUUAAUGAACUGGCAGUGGCAAUGACAGCUGUAAAGCAUGAACAAGAGUACAUGGAAGUCCGGGAGAGGAUACACAGAGCCAUCAAUGACAACACAAACAGCAGAGUGGUCCUGUGGUCCUUCUUUGAAGCCCUUGUUCUAGUUGCUAUGACAUUGGGACAGAUCUACUACCUGAAGAGAUUUUUUGAAGUCCGGAGGGUUGUUUAAAAGGCUUUUUCCUGGUGAUCCCAAAUUCACAAUUCACUUGCUUACCAAACACCUUGGUCAUAAUAAUGUUGUUCGUUUCUCCAUUUUUUUAUUUUCUGAACUGCACAUUCAUAGCUUAUGUUUCUUUAUGAUUAAUAGGUGUUGGGAAAAUUGUUAAAGAAAGUUAGAGUGAAAUUUUGACAUUUGAUUGGCCUAUAAUUUCUUACUUGAAUGCUGCCCGCAUUUUACAGUUCCUUCCAAGAACUCAGACUGUAAAUGUAAUAUUAGAACAUGGUCCUCAUUACAUCUUCUUUGUUUUCAUAAUACAAUGCAGUUUGUUCAGGAAGCUGGCCCACAACCUGACAGUACUGUACUGAAUGACUGCAUUCUUGGGAGUCCCUUAUCGGUGGUUCUAAAUCCCAGGUUCACUUUGUUGCAUCAUUUCGGCCAACAACAAUCUGAAUCUGACUUUUCCUGCCUAGCCUCAUGGCAGAGCGGCCUGACUGGAGUAUGCUAUCAGGCAGGGUACUUUCAUACUUUAUCUUGUGUUUGCUUUAAACUUAAGACUUCCCAAUGCAUUUUCCCCCUUAAGUUUUAUGUUGAACCUUAGGACUGAAUCACUUCUACUUAAAUUGAUGACACAACAGCUAAUCACUGUUAUUGGUUUCUGCCUAACCUUUUUAGAAGUGUCUGUUAAAGCCAGUUUUCUGGGUGUUUCCACAUACUAGCUGUGCUUUCUGCAGGACACAUCCCCCUCUCUACUGUUGGCACUUAGGAAGUGUGUAUCACUUGAUGGGAAAAGUCUGGGUUUCUAAUGCCAAAGGAUUAAAGCCGCUUGGAGUUCUUAUAGUGAACAGCCACUGUUUAUUUUUGGUUUAUCAGGGCACUGAACUUACAUCAGCACUAGGGUUUUGUCCUUUGGGGUCUUUCUUUUUUGGCUCAUGUUUUGUUUUCUGUAAGAUGAAGAAACUUUCUCUGGCUCUCUGAUGAUGGGUUAAUGGAAGGAGCUUCUGCUGCUGGCCUGGGCAGGCCAGGGUGGUGACUGCUGUGUAUUAGUUACUUGUACUUUUUUUUUUUUUUGGAUCUUGCAAGGGGAAAACUACAAGUAACAAGUUUUAUAGAAUUAAUUUAAAUUUGUUACAGGUUUUCAUGUUCAGGACAAAUAACUUUUCAGCCUUGGGUUAAUAUUCUUGCAACAGUCCAUUGAUGAGGUAAUUGUUUCACCACAGGACACUGUUGCUUGCCAGUCUUUUUGUGUGUAUGAAAACACUUCAGAAUUGAAUUAAAAGAUAAAUAUUUAAAAUUGGUUGUGUAUCUAAUAUGCCCUGGGUUCAGUAAAUAAACAAUUCAGCAAAUAAACAAUUCUUUUUAAAAACA